AUGACCGACUCCGCUAAUACUGAAUCUAGUGGAGUAUCGCACCCACAGCUUGCAACUCCUGGUGGACCUUCAAACUUGUCCUCCCCUCAAUUUCCACAUUACAUGUUUGUCCCAUUUGAGGUUCCUGGAGCCAAUGUGGCCUAUGGGGAGAGGUUGGGCGGCGAUCCGAAUAUAACAGCUUCUCAACUGGAGGCCCAGAAAAAAUUUCUCCAACACCAGAUCGAGAUCCUGCAGAAUCAGCUCCAAACUUUACAGAAGCCAAAACUGAAGGAAAGCAUGGACACGGGUCCAUCAGCAUCUUCGGAUGGCAAAGGAAAGAAUGUCGAAUCUUCGUCCUCAUCUGUUUCAGAUUGUGGACGUCAUGUGGAGCUUGAAGAGAUUGAUUCAUAGGCAUCGCUAACUUCAUGUAUAUUUUAAGACGCAAUAUGUUAUAUGUGGAUACAAGGGAUGAGAAAAAUAGGUUAGGGAUAAUAACUGGAGUU